AUUCGGCAGUCGCCCGGUAAUGGCGGAUGGUGGCGGCUGGCGGCCGCCGCGCCCCUGCGAGACCUACAGCGCUGAAUGGAAGCUCUGCAGCAGCGCGCGGCACUUCCUGCACCACUACUACGUCCACGGCGAGCGGCCAGCCUGUGAGCAGUGGCGGCGCGACCUGGCCAACUGCCGAGAGUGGGAGGAGCGCCGGAGCGCGGAGGCCCAGCAGUCCCUCUGUGAGAGUGAGCGUGCGAGAGUCCAGGCUGCACGGAAACACACCCUCGUGUGGGCCCUGAGGCAGAGCCCUCCUGCAGACUGGCACCUCCCUCUGCCACAGGAGGAGAAAGACCAGUGACGAGCACUCCUGAAUGGCUUCCCCUGAUCUAAGUGGGGCUAUCGCAGGACCCUAAGAACAGUGACUGGCCAAAAGAGUCUAGUCGGUCCCUGAGAGCUUCUACCGCCUAAAACACAGAGCCUGAGGUCUCCAGCCCUACUUGCGCACCCUUCACCUGCAUUCAGAGUGAACUGAACCUGAACUGCACCUGCUGCUGCAAUGCUCUGAAAGACAAUUUCACCCACUGCACAGCUUCCAGGAUGCCAGACACCACUGCAGAUCCCAGUGAGCAGCCAGGUCAGGCUGGUUCGUGUUCCCCUCUUGGGGACAGCAGCAUUCUCAGGUAAAUUCUUGAGUGGCAGCCCUGACCCAAGUGGUCAUGUAGGGGGAUCAGAAUGAGGUAGCUAAAUGGUUGUGUUGUAGUGAAUGCCUUUCCUGGUCCUGGAUUUGGUGAAACUGCAUUGCCAGCCCCUGGUGCUUACACAGAGCUACAGCCCACUCAGUUCCUCUGCGGACACAGGUGGGGUGUUUCUUCUCCUACGAGAUAGGCCUCUUGAAGACUCUGGUUUUUAAGAAAUGCACACAGGUACAGAAUACACAAGCUUGCGUUAAAAGGGUUCAUAGACUCUUGGCUUAAGAAAGCCAAGCCCGAGACACAAUGGAAUUUUAGUCUCUUUCCUUCAGAGUAUCCCUUGGUCAUUUUUAGAAAAUGUAGAUUAUAUCAAAAGCCAUUUCACAUAUUCCAAACAAAAGCUGACCAUUAAAUCCACAAUUUAAUAGUUGAGAUUGUUAGAUUUAGCACCUGACAUUGUUGUACUGGGAGAGUUUUGGGAUUUUGUGUGCUUAUACUCUUGUAGAUGUUUUAAAAAUAUAUGCAUAUGAACCAACAAGAA